GUUUUACCGUGUACUGAGUGAAGAAAACAACAAUCACAAUACAAAGGUAAACAAACAAGGAGUACUACUGGAAGAAUAAUGGACAUAGUUACAGAUUUCAAGCCAGUUCCAACGCGAGCCGCUUUAGCGCUGCAACGAAAAAAACAGCCCAGUAAUUUUGAGGCUAUGGUAUUUGAAGAUCCUGAUAAAUCAAAUGAAGAUGUAAAGGAACACAACAGAAAGUUAGAGAAAGAUGACUCCAAAAUAAAUAACUCUAAAGAUGAAACAGAAGAGUUCGACAUUAAGAAAGCACGAAAUGAAGUUCUUCGUUUUGCCAUGAAUAAUCAACGCAUACCCAAAAACAAGAAGAAAAUGGAAAUGUUCCAGCUCAUGAAGAUGGGAGGAAAGGCACCCAAGAAACCAUAUAAAAAUUACAAGGACUUAUUGGAUGAACGCAAACGUUUGAAAGAUAUACGUGAGCAAAGAAAGAAAUUCCAUCAGUUAGGCAAAAACCAGACCGGCGCGGCGUCUGUUAAGUGUCGCAGUAAAACCAAGUUGGAGAAACAACAAAAGAAACGUGCACCUGUAACAGCAAUAGACCAAAAUUAUGGAGUUGUGAAACCAAAACUGAAGAAAAGAAAAUAAAAUUUACUACAUUAAUGUGUAUAUGUAUAAUUUUA